AUGUCACGAGAAGAGCUCUCAGCGGCUGCCGCGCCGGUGCUGUUCGUGCGGAAGCCGAAUGGAGGGCUGCGAUUUUGUUGCGACUACCGAGCGCUGAAUAAUCUGGCCAAGGCUAAGUGGUUCACCAAGUUGGACGUGGUGGCCGCUUUCCAUAAGAUCCGCAUGGCUCCGGGACAUGAGGGAAAGACUGCAUUUCGCACGAGGUUUGGGCUCUACGAGUGGCUCGUGUGCCCUUUCGGCCUGAGCGGCGCCCCGGCAUCAUUCCAACGAUACAUGAACAGUGUAUUGCGCGAAUGGCUGGACGACUUUGUCACAGCGUACCUGGAUGAUGUACUGAUCUACUCGAGCGGUUCGAAGGCGGAUCAUGAGGCUAAGGUGCGACGAGUUCUCCAAGCACUCGCCGACGCUGGGCUGCACCUAGACCCAGCGAAGUGCGAGUUUUCGGUACAAGAGGUCAAAUACCUUGGGUUCAUCGUCAACGCAGGGAAAGGAAUCGCCUGCGACCCCGAAAAGCAGCGCGCCAUCCGCGAAUGGGAGGCCCCGACCACGGUGAAGGGUGUCAGAAGCUUUCUGGGCUUCGCCAACUAUUACCGGAUCUUCAUCCCCGACUAUGCCAAGAUCACGCAGUCUCUGGAUGCCCUGCUUAAGAAAGGAACUGCCUUUCAUUGGGGACGAGCGGAGAACGAGGCGUUUCAGGAGCUGAAGCGACGAUUUUGCGAGUCACCGGUGCUCAAGCAGUGGGACCCGAGCCUCCCGACCUUUUUGGAGACGGAUUGCUCAGGCUACGCAUUGGGAGGCGUCCUGUCGCAGGAAGGCCCAGAUGGACGUCGACACGCAUGCGCCUUCUUCUCGAAGCGACUUUCGCCAGCGGAGUACAACUAUCCCAUUCACGACAAGGAGAUGCUUGCCAUCAUGAGAUGUCUCGACAACUGGAACGCCGAACUUAGGAGCUGCGGCCCAUUUACAAUCCUUACCGAUCACCGCAACCUGGAGUAUUUCAUGACACGCCAGAAGCUCACGGAACGGCAGAGCCGUUGGGCAGCCGAAUUGUCCCAGUUCGACUUCAAGCUCGAGUAUCGACCGGGAAGCGAGGCUGUCGUGCCUGAUGCGUUGUCCCGCCGUGAACAAGACAAGCCACAGGGCAUUGACGACGAGCGGGAACAAGGAAGAAUGAUACAGUUGAUACCGGAUAGUGCCAUUCCAUCAUCGACAAGAGCAUGUAUCAACGCGAUGAGUUCUGACUGUUCAGAGGCAUCCACCCUGCCGAAGAUGAAGGUCUUCGAGGUAGCGGACCUGCAGCAACUCUGGGACGAAACGGUGGCGAAGGACUCGAUAUUCCGGGCAGCCUAUAAGGCAGUCCGCGAUCGCGAGCGUGCCUUCCCGCCCUCGCUGGGCCUGAAGAUCCAGAUUUCAGAAUGUGCGAUCGACGCAGGCAAAAGGCUGACAUUCAGAGACCGUAUUUGGUCGCAUGACUCUGUUGCGACCGGUCAUCCCGGCAGGGAAGGUACGCUGGCUAUUGUGGCUCGGCGAUUCUACUGGCCUGGGCAGUCCCAGCUGGUUCGCCGAUCUGCCGCCUACUGGACCGAGCAAGGCAAGGUACCUUGUCAUUACCGAUUUCACGGAAUGCCACGGUCCAUCGUCAGCGACCGCGGGAGCAACUGGCUAAGUAGGUUCUGGAAGAGGUUCUGCCGUCUUGCAGGUGUCACGCAGAAAUUGAGCACGGCCUAUCAUCCUCAGACGGACGGAGGGCCAGAGAGAAUGAACCAGGAGAUCGAGGCCUACCUGAGAGCCUACGUGUCGUACGUGCAGGACGACUGGGGAGAACUGCUCCCUGCCGCGCAGCUGGCACUCAACAAUCGUGAAUCCGCAGCGACCAAGAUCAGCCCCUUUUCGCUGAGCAUGGUUACCACGUCGAUCCCAUCAGCGUCGAGGAAUCGGAAGAGCCACCGAGGCAUAGAGAGGAAAGCAGAGCUGAUAGCCUACUCAGUCGCCUGCAGGAGGUCAAUGAGUACAUGCAAGCAGUGA